AUGUCUAGAGGCUGUAUCUCACUAAGGGGAUCGAAGCAAUGCCCCGCGUUCCAUUCUGCUUCCAUUUCUACCAGUGAUCCCUUGGUCGGUCUAUACCCUUUUCUGCGAUAUGUCUCCAAUCUCGAUGAUUUCGAUGAGAAACUUGGAUCCUACGUUCACAACGAUUAUGUCAAAAUGAAGUACCAGGACAUACUCGGGUGCGACGGUGUGGACUUAAGAAACACCACCUCUCUCUAUGCUCAAUAUACAACCAGUGUAAUUUGUAAUGGAAUAAUACAAAAUUCAAAAGAACCAUGCAAUUUGUCCGAAGACAGCGCCAGGCCACUCUGCGCGGAAAGCUGUGCUAUGGCUGCUACAAGCGAAGAGAUAAUUACCGUUAAUCCGGACUUGUGUCGUUCUCCCAACCGCAAUUUCAUGGACCAAAUUCGCGCCGACUUUACAGUAUGUGCUAUCCCAGCCAACUCACUAUCCGGGCAUUGCAUUCCUGGCUCCGACAAUGAGCCAAACGAAUGUGGCUUUGGACCAAAUCUACUAGGCCUCUGCGGUUUCUGCUCUCAGAAUUCGGCCAAUGGCACCGAUACCUGCUGUUAUGCUGCGAAUGCGGAAGCCCGUUGUAAGGACGUCAAGCUUCCGCCAAUCACCUCAUUGCCACCACUAUUUCCGCACCCAACCACCACAUCUACUCCUUCAUCGACUUCAAAACCGGAUAGCGAUGGCCUCAGUGGCGGCCAGAUUGCGGGAAUUGCCGUUGGAGCGGUAUUGGGAUGUGCCAUUCUAGUUGGAUUGGCCUUCCUAUUCGUCCUAUGGAGAAGACGUAAGCAGAACGAGUCCGUCGGAAGCAUAUUCAACCAACCCACGCCUCCUCGUACCAUGGCAACGGCACCAUCACACCCCACCGCGACUUCAACUAACAAGCAGCAGAAUGUAUACGAAGCCAUUCCCGGAGGCCGCGUUGCACGAAUGUCAGCACUCCAAGGUGCCAGCAAUCCGCCGUCAACUCGCGCGUACCACGACUCGGAUUCAGAAGUGUUCGCAGACAGCCCAUCUGGGGCCAAAUCGAGACGGAUCCCACCAAUUACAGGAAGGAGAAAUGGUUCACUCUCCAGUGCAUCCGCGCUCACCAACAAUGGUGACCCGUUAUCUCCCAAGUCUGGCAGUGGUGGGCAGUUCUCUUCCCCUGAGGGGCUUGCCAGCAACCAGUCAGAGCAACUCCCCUACUUCCGCGACUAUUACUCUCAGGAUGAUAUCCAUCCCAACGAUAAAGUUUCUGUUCUUUGGGCAUAUCAACCUCGUGCCCCCGACGAGUUUGAACUGGACAGAGGCGACACGUUGAAGGUUGUUGGUAUAUGGGAUGAUGGCUGGGCGACCGGUAUCCGCGUCAACGAGAGAGCAGAGGACUAUGAUGGAAAGCCUAAACGCAGCUCACUCAGAGAUAGUGGUGUCUCUCAGGGGUCGGAGGCACGACCGCCAUCGUCUCCAGGCUCCGGAGAAAUAAAAGCAUUCCCACUUGUCUGCGUAUGCCUUCCUCAACACUGGCGGAAAACAAUCGAUGGCUACCUUGAAGGAGGCGACCAAGAUGCUCCAUCUUAA